UUCCCGUCUGCCUGCAGGCCCUCCCCACACCGAGGGCUAUCAGAGCCCCCACUUCAGGCGGGGAGCAAAGGAGGGACCAAAAAAAGGCUUUUUUUUCCCCCCCUUCAUCCCUAGGAAUGGUGUGUCCAGGGGGAAGAAUGGAGCCGAUUGGCUGCACCGCCCAUGUCCGCAACUGGGAUGAAUGUGGGAUCCAGGAUAGCCGGUUCCAUCCCAUCCCAAGCUCCAGUGUAUCCCUCUUUGAGUGGAUUUACUUGAGCUCUCACUCAGCACUUCUGUUUGAUCGGCGCCUGGCAAUGCAGUCCUUUCCCCAGCCCGCCUUCCUCACUGCCCUGCUCAGCUCCUUGGCCUGGCUUGCCGCCGGCCACCAGAAGGCCAUCCCCCGCAUCUCGGCCUCCUGGGCAGGGGAGAAGAGGUUUGAGUUUAACCGGUCUGAGCCCCACCUGGUGCUGUUCCACGAGCCAGGAAGCCACUCCGUCUACGUGGGAGGCCGCGGGAAGCUCUACUACUUUGACUUCAACCAUCAGGAGAACAAUUUCAAGGAAGACAUCGAUUCCACCAAUGGGGACUGCCCCAAGGACCAGGACUGCGGUAACUACCUCACCCUCCUGGAGAAGCAGGACAAUGGCCUUUUGAUCUGUGGAACCAGGGCCCGACAUCCCUCAUGCUGGUUUCGAGCAAAUGGGACCACAAAGUUCCAGGGCGAAAAGCGAGGCUAUGCACCUUUCAGCCCUAAUGAGAACUCCUUGGUUCUGAUAGAUGGAGACCAUGUCUACUCCACCAUUAAGAAACAGGAACACAACGGGAAGAUCCCUCGCUUCCGGAGGAUUAAAGGAGACCCGGAGCUGUACACCAGCGACACAGUGAUGCAAAACCCACAGUUCAUCAAGGCCACCAUCGUCCAACAGAACCAGCCGUACAAUGAUAAAAUCUACUACUUCUUCCGAGAGGACAAUCCGGACAAGAACCCCGAGGCUCCGUUGAACGUCUCCAGGGUGGCCCAGCUGUGCAAGGGCGACCAGGGUGGAGAGAGCUCUCUGUCUGUGUCAAAAUGGAACACCUUCUUGAAGGCCAUGUUAGUGUGCAGUGAUCCAGCCACCAACAAGAACUUCAACUGGCUGCAGGACGUCUUCAUCGUCCCCAAUAAGGACUGGAAGGAGACCAGAGUCUACGGGAUCUUCUCCAACCCCUGGAACUACUCGGCCGUCUGUGUCUAUUCCGUUGGCGACAUUGACCACAUCUUCCGGACGUCUCCGCUCAAAGGCUUCAGUGACUCCCUCCCUUCACCCCGCCCAGGCCAGUGUCUUCCAAACCAGCAGCUGACCCCGACCGUGACUUUCAAAAUAGCAGACAGCCACCCGGAGGUGACUCAGAGGGUAGAGCCCAUGGGCCUCUCCAAGACGCCGCUGUUUCAUUCCAAAUACCACUAUCAGAAAAUCGUGGUGCACCAGAUGAGGGACGAGGAUAACGGCACCUUCAACGUCCUCUUUAUUGCUACAGACAAAGGGACGAUUCACAAGGUGGUGGAGUCGGCGCAAGGCAUCUUUAACAUCAUGGAAAUCAAACCCUUCCACAAGCCAGCUGCCAUCCAGUCUCUGAUCCUUGACUCGGGCACGAGGAAGCUGUACGUGAGCUCUGAUCAAGAAGUCACCCAGGUGCCCCUGGACAUGUGUGCCAGCUAUCUGGGCGGCUGCCAGGCCUGCCUGUUAGCCAGGGAUCCCUUCUGCGGCUGGGCCGGUGGCAAAUGUAACUCCAUCUACCAGCAUCCUGGGCCCAUGUUACAAGCGGUCGUCCAUAAAGAUCCUCAUUUGCUCUGUCCGACCACCGUCGCUGGGGAGACCAAGACGAACCCCCCCAAGGUCACGGUGCCCCCAAAUUCCCGCUACUACCUGAACUGCUCGGUCGAGUCGCAUCACGCCACCUACUCCUGGCACCACAGAGACCAGGAAGUGCAGCAGUGCGAGCCCGGUCACCAGCGCGCGGCCUGCAUCCACUUCAUCACCAUCCUGACGCCCGAGAAGUACGGGCUGUAUCGCUGCAAGGCCCGGGAGGGUAGCUACACGCGCACCAUCUGGGAGGAGGAGCUGGCCAGCAAGGAGAGUGCCACCUCCCAGCUGCAGGGGAACAGUGGGGGCUUCAUGCUGGGGGCCUUGUCCUGGUUAGGGCUCCUGCAGAUGGUGGCCCUCUGCCUUCUCUUCCAGUAAGCCCCCCGUCCGUCUCCAAUCUCAGGACACACCCCGCCCUCUCUCCUGACCCCCCCCCACCCCUCCGUUCCGUCCCCCCGGAGUCCUGUCCCGUGCUCCUCGGUUGGGACAGGUACCCCCAAGACCAUCCCCUAGAUUCCCACCCUUCCUCCAUCCCCUGGAAGUCAAGGCAGAAGCCACGGAGCCUCCUUUCUCCCCUCUUGGUUCUCCGAGCUAAACAUUUUGGAGCCAUUUGGGCCUCUGGACGGCAGCGGGGCUGACCCACCCCCUGGUAGAUGCGAGGGGCUUGGCAUGGGAUUGAACGACAGGGGCGAGAGGUGGGAAAGUCGAGCCUGAGAGUGGGGAAGAGAAAGGUAGGUGGGGAGAAAGGGGAACACCGUGCUUUCCUUUGCAAAUCUUUCGGAAACCUUGAUAUCUGCUCCCGGGAGAGAAGGACUUAGCGAUCACCAGGGUUUAUUGACUACUUACAGUGUGUGGAGUGCUGUGCUAAAUGUUAGGGUGAGCACAGGACACAUUAGAGUCAACAGUCUUGAUCCCUGCCCUCAAAGAUCUCACCAUCUCGUUGGGUUGGGGUAAGCAAGGAAGCCAGAGGUAAAAGAGAGCUGGGAGAGAGGGACAGGAGGCUGCCCUCUGGGAGAGAGUAAGAGUCAUUUCUGUUCCCAACUGGCUUCUGUUUGUGGAACACCAUGUGACGCCGCGUGUGAUGUGGGGAGAUGGACCCGUGACUGGGUGGUGGACUGGGAAGGGCUGGACUCUGGGAUUGUCUGCCUAGCUGGACUGGAGAGACUAAGGGAUCCCCCGGAUCCCAUCCCCGCUCCUCCUCUUCCCGCGCCUGCUUCCUCCCCCAGGAAUCCCUCUCCUGUCAGCCCUGGAUUGUCCAGGGUUCCUGAUGGACCAAUCGGUGUCAUCCACGCUUCUUUCCGGCCUCCGCUGGCCCUCUGGUCCCUGAGCCCCGAGAUGGGGAGUUGCCGGGGACCCGUGUGGGACUGGAUGAUCGAGGCCGGCCCGUUUGGGUCCCAGGACGCAUGAGCAUGCUGA